CAUUUUGGUGUUUUUUUAUUUGUUCAUUGUCUUCUCGAACAGUUUCAGAAACAAUAUUUAUUUUUGAUGAUAGACGAACUUAGCCACCUGAGUUACCUCACCACAUACUAUAGUGAACUUACCAUGAAACAAUUUAUCGAGCCCGAUGCAGAAUAUGUACCUUUCCGGAAUUUUUUCCGCUUUUUACGUGAUUUGUUGAUGACAGGGAAGGUAAUCGUCUAUUUGGCAGGCAGGACAUCUCAAAUCUCAGCCCGUAUGUCUGAUGCUCGCUCCAGUAGCAUGAGCCUCGAUAUGUUGCGAUUGAAUCCUUUUAACCUCAACGAUAUUAAUGAAUAUCUUGAGCUGGCAAUUUAUAGUGGAAAGACCUUGAAGGACUGGUUAUUGCCCUCAGAUGGCUUGCAACAUCGAUUCGCAGAAUUAUUAAAAAAGAAGACAGGAGGUAUUCCGUUGAUUUUAAAGAAUACUUUAGUAGCCCUAGCAGAGAAAGCUGCAGACUUGUCGCAACCUGUUAUCAACGAUGACAAUAUGGAAAGUGUGUUAGAUGAUAUUUUUCACUCUGUAGUACGAAAGACAACAACGUUUAUUGUUCCGGAGAUAUUAGAUUCUGCAACCCUUCUUCGAUAUCAAUUUGUUCUUUUCAAUUAUCAGCUCGGGACAGUUUUUCCAAUCAACUUUGCAAUUGCUCUAUGUGGAACGACAACUUAUUUGAUGGAUUUGGUUGCAACUUUUGGGUUUUACUCUGAAGUUUUGGGCGAGGAAUUCAAGAUUGGUUGUUGUGAAUUUAUAUUGCGAGCUCAUAGCAACUAUAAAUUUUUCCGUGAGGCUACUGAACUUUUUCCUUUAUCUCCGUUUAGUUAUAUUCCCGACACUUCAACAUCAAAAGGAGUCUUCUUUGAAUUUGUAUUUAUGAAGAUCUUUCGUUUUCGCUUAUUAGCUUUUCUUCAUUCUAGUUCCUCGCCUAUUGUACAUUCUGCUAUUCCAGGAUUUUUCCAGGGUUCUUUUAUUGAACAGGACAAUGUUUCUUAUUCUAUGGAAUCAACAAAAUCUUAUGAUAUACCCAUCUUGAGAAAUGUCUCUGGUUCAUUUUCUGUUCAUUAUAGGGAUUAUUUACAACGUUGUGGUAUUUUUGUUCCAAAGGAUGGCAAUUCUAGUGGUCCUGAUGCAUUUGUUGUAUUCCAUAAUGGACAAACACGUUAUGUUGUUGGAUUUUCAUUCAAAUUUUAUCACAAAACUGAAUUUUCGAAAACAAAUAUUGAGGAGGAAGCCGAACAUUUUUUUAAGGGAGUUGUUUCCGUUUUGAAUGACGAAUCUUUUUCAUCUGUUCAACUUCGUUUUCAGUUUGUGGUAGUAUGUACUAGAUAUGAUCGAUCUGUAGGUUUCUCUACCGAAGAACAUAAUAUUGUUGAAGAUGCAAGUCGUUUUGUGACUCAACAUUCUUCGGGAUCAACUUUGAAUGAAAGUAGUCGAUCAUGUCUGCAAUUGGUAAUUGUUUCUCAAAGGAACCUUGAAGUGUAUUUGGGACGAGAUAAUGUCGAAACGUUGAGGAAAAUUGGGAAAGCAAACCGAGGAGAGUUUUCUAAAAACUUUUCAGUAUGGUGUGAAACUGUUUUUGAGUCGAUGUCCAAUGCAUAUGUUUCGUCUUUGGAGCAAUCAAAUGUUAUUUCAAGAGUGGCUCGAAAUAUAAGACCGAGAACCAAUGAGGAGAAUAGGAUGCAAGUGGAAGAGCUUCAAAGUGCUAUGCAAGUGGAAGGAGGAGAUGCACGAAGCGAACAAAGGGUUGCAGCAUCGAGUUCUUUGUCUUCGUCAUUUGAUUGGAAUACUUUCUUAAGAGACCGUUGUGGUCUUUCUGAAGAGGAUGUUGCCUAUUGUUUUAGGAAACUUUCAAGGUUUGGCAGAGUUUCGCUUUCCAGACUUAAUGAAGAUUCAUUACUUCGCAUGGGUAUCAAUGAUCCCAUCGUAAUAGCCAAACUGCUUAGUGGCAUUACUGAAGAGUUUUCUUAGUAACUUUAGAAUAUGAACGGAUCCAUUAACCGUAUUUUUUUUCUUAAAGUCAUGGAAAGAAUAAAUAAAGUUUGGAGGAAGCUCUCACUGUCGGAAACUAGUUGGGUUGAUAUGAAAUUGACACUGUCGUUAUUUUAGAAUACUAACUAGGAACUUUUUCCUUAAAUGGGCAUUGUUGAACCUCAACUGACAAGCUUUUAUAUCUUAUUGCAAAGAGUUCAAGUCAUUCCUUUAUUAAGUGCAGAACGAUUUUCUUAUGACGACGAACAUUCAAAAGAAACUUUUGGGAAAGGAACAACAUCAGUGUGCUUAUAUGACAAAGUAUCGUUUAAGGUUCUGCGAGGACUAAAAGAAUUCACGGCCUCUUACUUUUUUGAAUGGUCUUGUCUCAUGAAUAAAUGGAGUUAUGCUGCAGGUCACUCGAAUAUACUCAUAACAGAUGAAAGUUCCAUUUGAGAAUAUUUUGUGCAAGAAAGAGAAAGGGAUUACUUGUCUUCCAAACAACUCUACAAACUGCUACUCGAAAGAAAUAGACUCGAUAAAAUGGCUUACAACUGGAAGCAAUGCAAAAUCACUUUUUAGAGAAUCUAUUCUUUGACAAAGAAACUGAGAGAGCUUUACCAGGAAGAAUUAUCAUUAGCCAAAAUGAUUUCUUCAAUGUUUCUUAUUUGGUU